CAAUCUUCUCAAAAUAAACGAACCCUUAAUCUCUUCUUCUCAUGCUUGAAUACUCGAACCAAAGCAUCGCUGCUACUGCCCCAAAGCCACCAAAGUCACCAUUUUUUCCUUCAAAAAGGAGGAAAAAGAAAAAAAGGACAGAAUAAGAAGCAUUGUUAUGAGAGUCUGAGACCCAUGUCUGAAAACGAACAUCAUUAGCAAAUCCGAAAAUAACCCAUUUCUCAGAUUUAGAUUCUUGCAUUACCCAUUUGAUUAUUUUUCUUUCUUUGACGUAAAGAUUAUGAAGAAAAUUAGAGGGUUCAAGCUUGGGCGCAAGCUAGUGAAGGUGUUCAAAUGGAUAAUCCCACCUAGAAGAAGAAACUACCGGAAUGGUUUCUUGAGGCAUCCGACUCGAAGCUACAACCCUUUAUCAAGACUCUGCUCUUUCGCGACGUUUCUUCGACAGGGAACCAGAAGGCUGUGUAAUUCGGACUCGGAUCCGGGUUACAUUCAAUUGGGUGAAAAGGGAGUGAAGCGGGUAGGAGUGCCGAAGGGGCACCUUGCAGUGUACGUGGGGGAAUCAGACGGUAACAUGAGGAGGGUGGUAGUGCCUGUGAUUUAUUUCAAUCACCCGCUAUUUGGGGAGCUGUUGAAGGAAGCGGAGCUGGUUUACGGGUUCAAUCAAUCGGGUGGGAUCACGUUACCAUGUGGGAUUUCGGAGUUCGAGAAGGUUAAGAUGAGAAUUGCCGAUUGGGAUCAUUGUCGACGGAAACAACAUCGUCGUUAUUUUUAUUGAUAUGUCCCCCUAUCUUUAAUGGCGGGUAAAAAAUUGAUUUCGCUUUGUUUUUUUUUUUGUAAAUACAGGAAGGUGUUAAUGUUUUUUUACAGUAAAAGAAAAGUUUAAAUAUUAAAAGAAUGGAUAAGCAUUAAUUUAUUGACUUAUUCC